AUGGCGUCAGACUCUGGCCCCUCGCAGCUGCCAGGCCUCCCGGGCUAUGAUCCGGAAAACCUCCAGCCAUGGAUAGUCCAAGUCGUCGUUUCCGUCACCCUUCUCGCAGUACUAGCCGUGGGUUUGCGGCUCUACAGCCGUCAAGUCAAGGGACAGCAGCUAUGGUGGGAUGACUAUCUGAUAGUCUGGUCGAUGGUAUGGAAUCUUUUUGUCGUCGGCUUCAUCUUCGCCAUGUACUCGGCCGGCAUGGGCCUCCAUGCUGAUAAGGUCGAGAUGGACAGCAUCGUCAUGAUGGCCAAGUACCUCGUCGUGGCGGAGAUCCUCUACGCCUGGAACCUGGGGUGGACGAAGCUGAGCCUGAUGUUGAUGUACUACCGCAUCUUCCACAUCUCCUUUUUCAAGAAGAUGACGUGGUUCGUCGUCGCCUUCGUCUUCGCCUGGGUCAUCUGCAUCACGUUCCUCUUCAUCUUCAUCUGCGUCCCCGUUGAGAAGCUCUGGUACCCCCAGCUCCCGGGCCACUGCAUCAACCAAGUCGCGACGUGGAUCGCCAACGCCGCGUCCACCAUCUUUACCGACCUGCUCAUCUUGCUUCUCCCUCUGCCCCAGGUCUGGAAGCUGCAGCUGCAAAAGGCGGAGAAGAUUGCCCUGACCUUUGCUUUCGGCCUCGGCUUUUUCGUUGUCUUCACCUCAGCCUACCGAACCAGUGUCCUCUUCACAUAUACUGCGACAGAUCCGACUUACACCCUUGCACCAACCGUCGGAUGGACCGCCAUCGAAAUGUCGGCGGGCAUCGUCUCCGCCUGCCUCCCGACCCUCCGCCCAGCCAUGCAACACCUCGCCCGCGCCUGCGGUAUUACGGGCAGCAUGGGCGGCAUGUUCCGCGCCGGGACGGCCCUCGGCUUCGGCAACAGCCGAAACAAGUCCAACUUCAGCAACGGCACGGCGUCGCAGGACCCCAACAACGCUGGAUCCCAGAUCGCGCGCAGGUUCUCCGUCUCGAAGCACGGCGCCGGCAAGGACACCUUCUACCGCCUGUCGGACGACAACGGGUCCGAGGGCGCGAGCCAACAGCAGGCUCCCACGCCGGGCGAGUCCAAUUUCAGACCCGACACCACCGGGUUCGGGUACACCGUCGAGAGUUAUCCGGCCAAGGAGAAGAACGACAAGAGCUCCGACGAGAUCCCCCUCCACGCCAUCCGCGUGCAAAAGGAGUUCAAACAUGCGACGGAAUGA